CCGCCACAGUUCCCCCCGGCACCUAUCCAGCGGCCUCAGACGGGCCAACCCCCUCGUCAGACGGCCAUCCCCGCCCCUAUCCAACCCCAGCAGACCACCCUCCCACCCAUCCCUGCCGGUCCACCGGGUACGCCUGCCCCGCCUGCUCCUGCAGGGGGCCCGCAAGCCCCUCGUUCGGACCUGGUGGCCCUGCCGUCCAGGCCGGGGUUCGGAGAGGACGGGCGUCCCAUCGUGCUGAGGGCUAACCACUUCCAGGUCAAGAUCCCGUCAAUUGAGAUCUUUCACUACGAUGUCACCAUCACACCUGAUAAAUGCCCUCGUAGGGUCAAUAGGGAUGUGAUCGACACGCUGGUGACUGCAUACAAGGCUAGAUACUUCCAAAACAAUCUUCCAGUGUUCGAUGGCAGAAGAAACAUGUACUGCAAGGAACAGCUACCUCUAGAGAAUGAAAGGGUUGAACUUGAAGCUACAUUGCCUGGCGAGGGGAAGGACAGGGUUUUCAAGACUCAAAUCAGAUAUGUGGGGAAAGUGAGCUUGUCCCUACUGGAAUCCGCACUGAAGGGAGAAAUAGAACACAUGCCGUACGAUGCAAUACAGGCAUUGGAUGUUAUCAUGAGACAUCUCCCAUCAAUGAGGUAUACUCCAGUAGGGCGGUCUUUUUUCUCACCCCCGGAGGAAUACUUUCACCCCCUUGGAGGCGGAAGAGAGGUGUGGUUUGGUUUCCAUCAGAGUGUCAGGCCUUCUAUGUGGAAAAUGAUGCUCAAUAUAGAUGUAUCUGCGACUGCAUUCUACAAUGCCCAGUCAGUAAUCGACUUCCUAUGUGAGGUUUUGGAUAUUCAGAAUAUUUCAGAUCAACGACGCCCUCUAUCGGACUCACAGAGGGUAAAGUUCACAAAAGAAAUCAAAGGUCUUAAAAUUGAAAUAACGCACUGUGGAAACAUGAGGCGGAAAUAUAGAGUGUGCAAUGUGACCAAGAGACCAGCUCAAACACAAACAUUCCCAUGGCAGUUGGAGAAUGGCCAAACUGUGGAGUGUACAGUAGCCAAAUACUUCAAAGAAAGACAUAACAGAAUAUUGCAAUACCCUCAUCUCCCCUGUCUGCAGGUUGGACAGGAGCAGCGUCACACCUACCUACCUCUAGAGGUUUGCAACAUCGUUGCUGGGCAGCGCUGUAUCAAGAAAUUGACGGAUAUGCAGACCUCUACAAUGAUCAAGGCCACCGCAAGGUCUGCUCCAGAUCGUGAGAAGGAGAUCAAGAAUUUGGUGCAUAAAGCCAACUUCAAUAACGAUCGCUAUGUACGACAGUUUGGCCUUAGUAUAAGUAAUGACAUGGUCACCAUAGAAGGCAGAGUUCUACCAGCUCCAAAGAUCCAAUAUGGCGGGAAGCAAAACAAGACACAGGCGAUCCCUGCCCAGGGGGUAUGGGAUAUGAGAGGAAAGCAGUUCCAUACAGGGGUUGAGAUCCGUGUCUGGGCCAUUGCCUGCUUCGCACCGCAGCACCAGUGUAGGGAAGAAGCUCUCAGGACAUUCACGGCACAACUCCAGAAGAUCUCCAACGAUGCGGGGAUGCCCAUCAUGGGGCAGCCAUGCUUCUGCAAGUAUGCUGUUGGAGCCGAUCAGGUGGAACCCAUGUUCAGACAUCUCAAGUCAACGUACAAAGGACUGCAACUGAUUGUGGUUGUGCUGCCUGGUAAAACACCGGUCUAUGCUGAAGUGAAGAGAGUCGGUGACACUCUGUUGGGUAUAGCAACGCAGUGCGUACAAGUCAAGAAUGUGAACAGAACCACGGCACAAACCCUCUCCAAUCUCUGUCUCAAGAUCAACGUCAAACUGGGUGGUAUCAAUAACAUUCUGGUUCCCAAUAUAAGACCUCGUGUAUUUGCUGAGCCGGUGAUCUUCCUUGGAGCAGACGUCACUCAUCCACCUGCCGGUGAUGAUAAAAAACCUUCCAUUGCUGCUGUUGUUGGUAGUAUGGACGGCCAUCCAAGCCGUUAUUGUGCCAGCGUUCGAGUCCAGAAUCACCGUGUGGAAAUCAUCCAGGACCUGAUGGGAAUGGUCAGGGAACUCCUGAUGGAAUUCUACCGGUCAACUAGAUUUAAACCGGCUAGGAUCAUUAUGUACAGGGAUGGGGUCAGCGAAGGUCAAUUUUUACAGGUGCUAGCUCAAGAAAUGACAGCCAUCCGGAAUGCCUGCCGUUCUUUGGAAGACUUCUAUGAGCCUGGUAUCACGUUCAUUGUGGUUCAGAAGAGACAUCAUACCAGGCUCUUCUGUGCAGAGAGAAGAGAACAGAUUGGAAGGAGUGGUAAUAUUCCAGCAGGUACUACUGUUGACAGUGGCAUCACCCAUCCUCUAGAAUUUGACUUCUUCCUUUGUAGUCACGCCGGUAUACAGGGCACCAGUCGUCCCUCGCACUACCACGUCCUCUGGGACGACAACCGCUUCAAAGCAGAUGAACUCCAAUGUCUAACCUACCAGCUGUGCCACACCUAUGUACGCUGCACCCGUAGUGUGUCCAUCCCUGCCCCUGCCUACUACGCCCACCUGGUGGCCUUCCGUGCCCGAUACCAUCUGGUAGAGAAGGAUCACGAUAGAUAUGACCACGACAGCCAUCAAUCAGGCACAAAUAGCAAUGGUGGGGAUGGUAGCAGCCACCAUGGGGCUACCAGUUAUGGGCGUAGCUUUGAAGACAUGAUACGGGCCGUGAAGGUACACGACGACACCCUCAAGGUCAUGUACUUUGCAUGAGAGGUCAAGGGUCAUUCGUUCUUAUGCUGCAUGGUAAGCUGGGUUUGGAGGUGAAGGUAUCUCGAAAAGGAGUCAACAUUCAUGAAAAAAUAAAUCCUCACACAAUUCUGUUGUUUUCAAUGUGUUAUGUGGCUUAUGUUUGAGAUAUUACACUUGUUGUUUGUUGACCUCCAGACUUAGGUUGACCUCGAGACCCCAAAAUUUGACCUUAAUGUCAGAGGUCAAUUGAGCCCAUACCUGAGGUCAGUAGGGAUCCAAUUCCUCUGCAGAGGAGCUUGAACUGGAAACUAAUGGAGGGCAGAUGCUUGCCAUCUUUAUAUUGAUCUUGUAAUGUGCCUACACAUGUAGGUUAUCAAGAAUGAUCUCACUUAACAUGGGUUUUCUACAUGUCAGCACGGGGUAAAGACGUACAGUAAUAAAAUGACGGGUAAAGAUUUUGCCACCAAUGUUGAGCUUAAUAACGUGCACCUUGAUUAGAACGAUUAGAAGGAUGGCCAGUCUGGGACAAAAUGUUUGUUCUCAGUAUUUUCUUGAAUCGGGUCUGGGUUAUUUUUUUACAGACCUGUAUAUGAUAAGUAUGAACACUACGAUUUUCAGUUGUACGUGUUAAUUUGAAAAAAAAUAUUAGUAAGACCUUUUGAUAGGAUAUGAAUUAUGCUUAAGUCGGUGAUCAAAUGGAAAACAUAAUUUAUAAGCUGCAUCAGAGUGACUUGUUAGGAGAUAACGUACAGGAGAGAUCUUGCAAGAUAUGAAUGAUCAGUAACAGAGGAAAGUAUUAAUAUUCUAUGGAAAGUUUUAGGAUGUUGGUCGUAAUAUCAGUUCUCCUACACAGCAAUAAGCCAGUUCGUAGUUCCAUUCUGCGCAUGAUCAGAAGAAGGUCAUUGAACUAAAGUGACGGGGGGUAAUAUUUAAUGAGAUAAGCACCAUCUUUGAUGUCUUGAUUAUUCAUAUAUUCUUUUGAAAUGUGUUUUUCACUAGAUCCACCAAAAAGCAACAAUGCAUCCACUAACACUGGUUUUAACAGUUAGCCAAGUACUCUGCAUUCAAAGAAGAAAUGCAACAAAAACCUUCACAGAGUGUUUGCAUUGGUUUGCUAUUCUAGUCACCUGGUCUAUGCAAUUUCUGCAGCCUGCUAUGUGAGGCAUGCUUACAUGAUAUCUUUCUUUGAAAUCUGCUGAUCAUGAUGAAAUAAAUUAAAGGUCAUUUGACCAAAAUUGCCCAUGAGGUAA